CCCCCUUGGAAAUACCCCACAAUGCCUCGAUCAAUGCUUUAUAAUCGCAGACCCCUCAAUGCGACUGAAGCAGAAGUGCUGUCAAUUGAGCCUACCCAAAAACAAGCGCUGCCGAAAUGCCUCUUAGCUACGAUCCGGAAUACCACAAGGCCACAGCCGAGUUCUUCUCGACUAGAUCAGGCCCGAAACCUGCUGUUCACAAUGUUGCAACUCGGAGAAGUAAUAUUACGGCCAACUACGAAGCGAUGUUUGAGAAGUUGCCUUCGGCACCCGACGUGGAACAUAGCUUUUACCCAGUGAAAUCGUACGACGGGCAUACCAUCCAAGUACAUCGGUUCUUCAAGAAGACCUCGACUCCAGCAGCUGCUGGUCCAGCCGUGCUACACACCCAUGGAGGCGGUACUAUACAAGGCGAUGUCGCCCUGUUCGUCAAGCCUCUUUCCAUCCAAGUCCAACAGACUGGGAUUCAGGUAUUCUCGGUAGACUACCGAUUGGCGCCUGAGAACCCUCAUCCGACGCCAGUAGAGGAUUGCUACGCUGGACUCACCUGGCUGUACGAACAUGCGGAGGAGUUUUCCGUGGACCGCAGCCGCAUAGCCACGAUGGGCGAGAGCGCAGGGGGACUGCUGGCGGCGGGAAUUACCCUCAUGGCCCGCGAUCGAGGAUUGGCGCCUCCGAUCGCCAAGCAGAUCCUCAUUUAUCCCAUGCUGGAUGACCGGAACACGGUGCCCAAUCCCGAACUGGAACGUUUCGCGCUGUGGGACUGUAAUGAUAACAUCACUGCCUGGACUGCGCUUCUUGGGACCGACAUUGGCAAGGACAAUGUCUCACAGUAUGCUGCGCCCGCGCGCGCAGUGAGCGUGCAAGGCCUGCCGCCCACGUACAUUGAUGUCGGGGAACUGGAUAUCUUUCGAGAUGAAGAUAUUGCCUACGCGGCCAGAAUAGCAUCCGCCAACAUCAGUGUAGAACUACACGUAUACCCUGGCCUACCUCAUGCCUUUGAGGUCUAUGCUCCGCACAUUGAGGCGACAAAACGUGCCACUGCGGAUCGAUUCAGAGCUGUCCAGACGCUUUAGAUGAUGCUGUCCAACCAGGCAGUAUUGCAUGCGACUUUUGUGCUUCUUUGAGUUUAGCAAGGCGUUUGUCCAAGAAGUGAGUGUGCGGAGCCCGAAGUGGAAAUAUUAGAACCAAGCUGCAUCCUUUGCGGCCAGUAGUCCGCAUUCCGCAGUCUAUACUCUUGUAGUCGUGGCUAUGCCAUACAACUUCCGCUGUCCCGAAGACACAGGUCCGGAUCUAAGGAUGGUCCAGGUGACUGACGACAUUCCAAAAGACAUCAUCAAGA